AUGGCUCCUCGGAAGUCCAAGAAAGGGAACCCUGUGGUUGUCUCCUAUAAGACAGUUGAGGACUUAAAGAUUCUCAAGGAUUGGUUCUACAACUUUGAUGUUGAGGCUGGACGAGAUUUUCGAUUUCGAGCCAUUCAGAGAGUAAGAGCCUUGGGAUCACGUGGUAGGUUACCACACGGCAUCGAAGCAACCUCAUUCUUGACUUCAAUAUGUUUAGAAGAUGAUCGUGGAGCCAAGGACUCUAAUAUACUUCAGAUGUCUUACACUAUGGCUAUUAUCAGGUUUGUGAAUGGACUCUUGGAUCCGUUUCAAAAGGCCAAUUUCGCAAUUCCCCUACAUCAGUUGGCGAAGAAUCUCGGUUUACCAGGAUUUUUUGUCGAAUUGCGACACAUGGGAACACAUGAGAGUCUUCCUUCCCUUGUCAUGUUGAGAAUAGCCUGUACCAGGGCUUUGAACUGGCUCUAUGACAACUAUUGGUGCCAUAUAGAGGAUGAUGAAUUUGACGAUGGUGAUGAGGAAGAUAUUUCAGAGUUAUCAGAAAAGAUGCUUAAGCAUUUGGCAGAAAUACAAACUGAUUUGGAGUCUAUAAUAACAAGUACUCAGUUGUUAAACAACUUGAAAACGUACAAGAAGAUCCGGAAAUCUGAUUUGGACCAUAUUUAUAAGUAUGGGGAUAGCUCAAGUGAAUCUGCCAUUAAGUACAACAAGGCUGUGCGGUAUAUCAAAUCGAUAUCGGACAUUCCACAUAAACUGUCAGACCAUUUUAGUGGAGACGAGGUGCUUGCGACUCAACUUGUUUUCAAGAACAACUUGAUAUACAACAAUGAUAAGAUAUCAAGCAAAGAAGGAAAGCUCAAGUUCAAUCCCCUUCUUGUGAAACUCUUUAAGCCGUUGAUACAGGAGCUUGGUUUAAAUUUUCAGAUAUACUUAUGGCUAGUCAUAGCGAGUGCUUUAAGAAACGAUGACGGCUUAGGCAUAAGAUGUGAUUUGUAUCCAAGAUUGGAGUUGAAGUUGAAACACGAUUUUGAGUAUAUUCAACUUAUAGAAUGGAUAGGUGUUUUGUUUGAAAUGAUUGUUUCUGCUGAAUUCUCUAAAGACUUUGAAUUUGUUGUUUCGCCAGAAUUGGCUACGGAAAAUGAAGACAUACACAAAAGAUUUGCUAAGCUGUUGGCUGCACUUCCAACUGUUGAUGACAUUCUCGGAACUCCAGUUACAGAUAAACCCCCCAAGAUUUACAUUCUUGAACCUCAUAGCGACUGGGAACCUACACCUUUUGGCACAUUUGUAUAA